UGAUGGUGAAACAGAGAGUGGCACUCAGAAAGAGGUCAGCUCCGAGUGUGCUGACAUCGCCAAGUUAGAGAUGCUGGCUUAAAGAAAUGAAUGGAUUGUAACUGUUGGAAUAACGGGCUGAAGAGAAAGAUGUGACACCGCUGUGUCACUGUGCAUGCUGGCAUGAGAUGAAGAUGGCAAAGAAACGGCCAGGGAUGGCCACUCUUAAAUUCACGAGCUUCAUAGUUUGUGCUGUUUUACUGGGACAAGGAUCCCCUGAGAAGACAGGAGGCAGUAAAGAGAGCCAGAGAGACGCCAUUCUUAAGGAGAUCUUUUCAAAAUGGAGUACAGGAAGUGGAUGGAAUUCUCAGAAAGCUCCUCCAGAAACAAACAACGACCAGUCUGUACACCCUUGGCUGAGAAAUAUCAUGGGGGGCCUAAAAACUCUCGGUCUACUACCCAACAAGAAGCUGCCUUCGUUAAACAAGCCAAUUGACAGACACCGUCUCUCUGGCUUCCUCUACAAUAUCUCUAUGUACCUCCAAGAAAUGGGUGCUGAGCUGGAGGAUGCACCGACAGAGCCAGAUGAAGAUCAGCUGUGGGAGAAGGUGCUACAUUUCUUUCUCCAGUCUGAAGGGAGUGCAACACUGAAUCAGUUGAAUGGCCAGGUGCCACCGCGACCCAGUGUCAAAGUGCAGGACUGGUUUUUGUCCCUGAGGGGCAGCCCUCACUGGGACUGGUUCCUGGGACUGCUGCAGAGUCUGAUCAGUCUAUCAGAGCGUCAGCCCCAAAGGCCCCUGUUGAUGUACUUAUCUCAGAACUGGAGGACAGUCAGCGCUGUGCUGGAAGCUGCCCUUCAGGCUCUGAAACACGCAACUGGAAGCCUGUGGUCAGUUUACACCCAGCAGAGGAAGGUGCUGAACACAGUAAAGGCUCAAGUGCAACUGGACGUUUAA